AUGCUGUUUGAGGAGCUCGACCCCCGGCAUGGCCUGUGGGAUGAGGAUGGCGAGAGCGGCGAGUCGGAGGAGGAAGAAGCCUUGGGGUCGGACUGGGCAGAGGACAGGGGCUGGCCCUGGCCCCACAACCCUGCCCCAGGCCAGGGCUCGCUCCCCGGCUGGGCAGGGCACCUUUCUGGAGCUGGGCUGAACCGUGAGCCGCCAGGCACCGAUCUCAGGGCUCCCCCGGCUGGGCUGGCAGGAGUGGCACCAAACCCGACAGCGUCUGCGAACCCGGCUGCCUACGAGAGCUCCUGGGAGCCGGGGACGGGUCACUCGCUCUCCACCCGGACGCUCUCCCACCCCUCCUUCUACCCCUACUAUGUGGCUUUGUCUCGCUCCGCACCAGGGACCCAUCCAGUGCCCCAUGGGGACCGGCCCCAGGGCUCUGGCCUGCAGGGGGGCCCAGCCAUUGGAUCAGGUCUCCUGCUUCCCAUUAGUUCCAGUGAAUUCUUCUACACGGAUCCCCUGAUGCCCCCAGGGCACCGGGUCUACAACUACCUCUCCCACCCCUCCCAGCAGGUCUGUCAGAGUCUCUGUCUCAGCACCCCAGACCCCAUCAUGUCGGUCCGUGAGGCUUCUCCUCCUCCCUGCUUCCUGCCCCGCAGUGGCAUGAAGUGGCUCUCGCAGGCAGAGUACAACGCGGUCAGUGCCCUGAUGGAGCUGCCGUAUGAGGAGCCGGCCUGCAACCCUGGGGAGGGCUCGCCCAGAACCCAGCUCCUCCUGUCAGCCGUGGAACCGGAGUAUGGCCGGGUGGUCACCCAGGAGGCCGCUAAUGUCCUGCUCAGCCUGCACAGCUCCCCAGACACACUGGGGGAGCUCCUGGAGGGCCCUGAACCCCCAGCACUUCCCCAAGGCCUUGGGUCUGUCACGCUAGGGGCCUUCUUCCCCCACGGGGCUGUAGGGGAACCAGCACUUUAA